AUGGCCACUGCAAACCAAACCUCGAUCGGAGUCGGCCUGAUCGUCUGCAGCACCAGAAAGCCUCGUGCCUGUCCACAGAUUGCACAGUUUGUUCUUGACACAAUUCAAUCCAUGGAAACCAAUGCCGCCAACACUGUGCCUGUCCCCCAAUUGAUCGACCUGGCGGAAUGGAACCUCCCAAUGUUCGACGAAUCUGAUAUCCCAUCGCAAAUCAAGGAUUCAUCGCAAUAUGAUCACCCUCACACCCGCGAGUGGAGCAAGGAAGUCCAACGCUACAAUGCUUUCAUCUUCGUGGUUCCUCAGUAUAACUGGGGCUAUCCUGCUGUGAUCAAAAAUGCCAUCGACUAUCUCUAUCAUGAGUGGAACGGAAAGCCGGCCAUUGUCGUCAGCUAUGGAGGCCACGGAGGUGGUAAAUGCAACAAGCAGUUGAGAGAGGUACUGCAGGGUGUUCGGAUGAGCCCGAUCUCGAGUAACGUCGAAUUGACUUUUCCGUGGCGGGAUGUGCUGGUGAAGGCAGCAAGGGGCCAAGAUAUCGGUUUCGCGGCUAGUACCGGGCCAGGUUUUUGGGAAGACGAGAGAAAGAUUAUUGCAGACGCUUAUAUGGAACUGUUGCAGGUUUUGUCUCACGGUGUGUGUCCUAAUGUUUAG